UCGGAUAUCAUCCAAGAUAAACCAAUCCCCGGAACGCAAGCCAGAAAAGAUAGAAGCAAAUGAUAAAAUGAUCCAAAUUUAGAAAAAAAACAAAAGAAAAUCUGGAAACAAUCACAAAGAUGGCUUCUCUGACUCUUCCUUCUCUCAAUGCUUCAACCAUUUCGCGCAUUCAUAACCAGAAAACUCCUUUGAACUCUUCAAUUUCAAAGAUAUCUACUUUCAGGCAUCCACCCACUUUUACAACUCACCGUUUUCAAUGUGGGGUUGUUCGAAUGCAAGCUGAUGGUGAAGAUUAUGAGUUGAAGCAAAUGAGGGAUAUGGCUGCUGCAAAGAAGAGAUGGGAUGCUAUGAUUAGGGAAGGAAAAGUAAAGAUUAUUACACCUAGGGAGGCAGGUUAUGCAAUUCAACUUUCUAACAAGCCUUUACUUGAUGUUCGUCCAUCUAAGGAGCGCAACAAGGCAUGGGUUAAAGGCUCCACCUGGGUACCAAUCUUUGAUGUUGAUGAUAAAUUUGAUGUUGGAACCCUUUCCAGAAAAGUCACCAAUUUUGUGAUGGGGGGUUGGUGGAGUGGCGUGCCUACGUUGUCUUAUGACAGACAGUUCUUGUCAAAAGUUGAGGAAAAAUUCCCAAAAGAUGCAGAGCUUAUCAUUGCAUGCCAAAAGGGAUUGAGAUCCCUAGCUGCAUGCGAGCUACUGUGUAAUGCUGGCUACAGCAAUCUUUUCUGGAUUCAAGGGGGUCUAGAAGCUGCUGAAGAAGAGGAUCUUGCCAGGGAAGGUACUCAGCCUUUGAGGUUUGCAGGAAUUGGUGGGCUUUCGGAGUUUCUUGGUUGGACAGACCAACAGAGAGCUCAAGCUGCCAGAGAAGGUUGGGGUUACCGGUUACAAUACUCUGCUCGCCUGAUUGGAGUUUUUGUGAUUGCUGAUGCCUUGUUUAUUGGCGCACAGCAAGUCGGCCGUUACCUUCAGGAUAUAAGGUCUCACUGAGAUUAUGUGAUUAUGCUUGAAGGAACUUGAUUAAAAGUUAGAACAUCUGAAAGAUUACAGUUGAGUUCUUGAUCUGUGAUUGCCAAUUUUGAAAGCCAUUGUAGUUGGCAGAGUUCAUGUAGUUGCCUGUUCCUUGGGUUUGAAUCCUUGCAUCUCAUAUGUUCUCAAUCACAUGGCAUCAGAUAUUUUCUGUUGUUUGUGCUGUUAGAGAAUUAAAUGUAUAGUGAUUGAGUUUUGCUCAUAUGAGUUGAGUUAAACAAACAAUUAUUCUUUUUGGGGCCACAAACAAUCGUAUUUUUCUCUGAGUCUUGCCCUAUAUUUGUGAAAAUUAAACCCAACAA